AUGUCUAUCCAGGCCUCGCGUGAUUCGCAUUUGGCGCAGAUUGCUAUAUUGGCCGCGUAUAGUGCUCAUGGACCGGUUGGUUUUGUAGAGGGUGUCGUAUUCUUCUGGGAAUCUUCCGAGGGGCAUGAGGAACUGAUCAACGCAGCUGAAGUCGUGGCCGAACAUGUAGAUCUAUCGAUUGAGGGUUAG